CCAAGCUUUCCUUUUAUCUUUCCAUCUCUCUCCCUCUCUCUCACCUUCUCUCUUUCUUUCCUUUCUCUGCAACUCCCUUGUUUUGAUGUGAUUCUCCACCAUAUCUCCCCUAAAACCUUAUCAGCCUUUACAAAAGAUACAAAGCUCAAGCCACCAUGGUUUUCUCAUCUGUUCCCGUCUAUCUAGAUCCACACAACUGGCAACAGCCACCAACUCAGCAACCUGGAGUUACUAGUGAUAAUCAUCAUAAUCCUCAGCUUCCACCACCGCCACCACCACCUCAAGUUGGUGGUGGUGGAGCAGGAGCUAUUAGGCCUGGGUCAAUGGCGGAACGAGCCAGGCUAGCCAAGAUACCACAGCCUGAAGCAGCUCUCAAGUGCCCUCGAUGUGAAUCAACGAAUACUAAAUUUUGUUACUUCAACAAUUACAGCCUUACCCAGCCUCGUCACUUUUGCAAAACCUGCAGACGAUACUGGACUAGAGGCGGCGCUUUAAGGAACGUGCCGGUUGGCGGUGGUUGUAGAAGAAACAAAAGAAGCAAAGGAAGUAAUAGAUCAAAGUCUCCCGCAGUAUCCGAACGCCAAACCGGGUCAAGCUCAUCUUCAAGUACACUUGCUUCAAAUAGUUGCACUGAUAUGUUAGGCCACAUGACCCCAGCACCACCCCAAUUGCCUCUAUUGCCCCCUUUACAUCAUCUUGGUGACUAUAAUUCUGGUGAUAUUGGAAUAAAUUUUGGGGGAAUUCAGGCUCAGGUGGCUGCGGCGACAGGCGGCACCGGUGGUACUAGUGCUAAUAACAUGGAUUUUCAUAUUGGAACUAGCUCAAGUGGUGGUGGGUCAAUGUUAACAAAUGGACUAGUAGAACAGUGGAGAUCACUGCAACAAGUUCAACAAUUUCCAUUUUUAUCUAGUUUGGAGCCUCCAGCCGGGUUAUAUCCGUUUGAAAGUGAAGGUAUGGAGGCACCAAGUUAUGGUGGUCAGCUUCGUUCUAAGCCAUUGGAGAGUGCGAUUACUCAGUUGGCAGCUGUUAAAAUGGAAGACACUCGUCAUCAAGGGUUGAAUUUAUCAAGGAAUUUUUUGGGAAUUUCAGGAAGUGAUCAAUACUGGGGUGGUGGUGGUGGCAAUGCAUGGACUGAUCUUUCUGGUUUCACCUCUUCUUCCACCAGCCAUCUCUUGUGAUUUUCUUUUUGUUUUCUCUCUUUUAUAUCUUUUCUUCCCCCCAGAACCCAAUCCAAUCUUCUUUUUCUCUUCUUUUUUUUUUGGGUUGAAUUACUCACAGGUUCCAUCAAAGAGAAAUCAACUCAUAGAUAAGGAUUUUCAAUGAACAGCUCUAACUUUUGCCAACAAAAAAAAAAAAUCAAGUUCCAACCUGAUAAUGAUGAGAAAGUUGAUGACACCACUUGGGAAGGAAUGGAUCGAAUGAAUUACUCGUCAUGAUCACUCCCUUGAUCUACUAAAAGAAGACUUUAGAAAAAUGGUAGACUUCUACCCUCGAAAAAUUAUUUGCUGUUGUUCAUUUUUUUGUUGUUGUUGUGUUCUUCUAUUGUAAUUCUCUAAGAACAAAUUAAGUAGGUCUUUGUAAUCCAUGGAGAGAGUUUCGGUAUCUGACAUGAAAGAGAUAGAUUAUUGUUAUAGUUGAUGAUGAUCAAAUGCUUUGUACUAAGUGAUUUCCCUUGAUAUUAUGUGAAAAUGUAUCCAUUAUUUUUUGG